UUGAGACCGUGUGACGUCUGCUGCGUAAUGCGUAUAGCUAAAUGCCGAUUUCAUAGUUUUAAUGCUUCAUAUUUAAGUAAUAAUUUGCAGUCUUAGUCUAUUUAGGAUUUAGAUAACAGUAAAAAGCUGUCUUCACUAUAAUGUCCGACCAUGACGACGACUAUAUGUGUGAAGAGGAGGAAGACUAUGGCUUGGAAUAUUCGGAGGACAGUAAUUCAGAACCCGAUGUGGACCUUGAAAACCAGUAUUACAAUAGCAAAGCCCUAAAAGAAGACAUGCCAUUAGCAGCUCUCUUGAGUUUUCAAAAAGUUCUGGAGUUGGAGGGGGGAGACAAGGGCGAGUGGGGAUUCAAGGCUCUCAAACAAAUGAUUAAGAUAAACUUUAAACUGAGCAACUUCACGGAAAUGAUGGCAAGAUACAAACAGCUUCUCACAUACAUCAAGAGUGCUGUAACAAGAAAUCACUCGGAGAAAUCAAUCAACUCUAUCCUUGAUUAUAUUUCUACUUCUAGAAAUAUGGAGCUCCUGCAGGAUUUUUAUGAGACAACAUUAGAAGCAUUAAAAGAUGCCAAAAAUGACCGUUUAUGGUUCAAAACAAACACCAAACUAGGCAAGCUGUAUUAUGACCGUGGAGAUUUUAAUAAAUUAGCCAAGAUAUUGAAGCAAUUGCAUCAGAGUUGCCAGACCGAUGAGGGCGAAGAUGAUCUCAAGAAAGGCACCCAACUAUUAGAAAUAUAUGCACUCGAAAUCCAAAUGUAUACAGCACAAAAAAAUAAUAAGAAAUUAAAGGCACUAUAUGAACAAUCGUUGCAUAUUAAGUCAGCAAUACCACAUCCCCUCAUAAUGGGUGUUAUAAGAGAGUGUGGAGGUAAGAUGCAUCUCAGGGAGGGUGAGUUUGAAAAGGCCCAUACAGAUUUCUUUGAAGCUUUCAAGAACUAUGACGAAUCCGGCAGCCCACGACGAACAACCUGCCUUAAAUAUUUGGUACUAGCCAACAUGCUCAUGAAGUCCGGCAUCAAUCCAUUUGAUUCUCAGGAAGCGAAACCCUACAAGAACGAUCCAGAAAUAUUAGCAAUGACCAACCUUGUGAUGGCGUACCAGAACAACGAUAUAAAUGACUUCGAGUCCAUCCUGAAACACAAUAGAAACAACAUAAUGGACGAUCCCUUCAUCAGGGAACACAUCGAAGAUCUCCUAAGAAAUAUUAGAACUCAAGUCCUCAUCAAACUGAUCGGUCCGUACACUAGGAUCCACAUACCGUUCAUAUCUAAGGAGCUCAAUAUUGAUGAGAAAGAAGUUGAGAAUUUAUUAGUCACCUGUAUUUUGGAUAACACCAUCAGCGGUCGCAUCGACCAAGUGAACAGCGUGUUGGAGUUAGCCCGUGGUGCGAGGGACGCCGCUCGGUACACCGCCCUGGACAAGUGGACCGCGCAGUUGGCAGCCCUGCACCUCGCCCUGGCCAACAAGAUGGCCUGAGUCGGCCGACCACAGAGUAACACACCUGAAUUCUGAACAAUUUGCACAGAUUAAAUAAAUAGUUGUCAUCCUUUGGAAGAGAUUCAUUUGUUGUUGUAGUUUUAAAACACCAUCUGUAUCUGUCACUUCAUAUGUCUUAAGCGGUUAGCUAAAAGGUAUUGUACUGAUUUUAAUAUUUUUUGAUCGCCCACUUUGUUUAAUCGAUAAUUUUAUAUAAACGUUUCCAGUUACAGUAUAACAAUCAUUACUCGCAUAAACACGUGUUUGCGCCUAGGACCGGAAAUCCGCAGCCCACGCAAAUGUAAUGAAAAUAUUUUAAUGACAUCAAAUACAAACCAAAAUUUAAAGUCCCAUUAUGCUUGAAGUGUUUUAUGUGGGCGUAAUGAUGCCAAUAUUUCAUGUGUCUAUACUCGGUGAUAUAACUUUGCGGUAUGGAUUGUGUAAUAAAAAAUAUUAUUUGUAAUUAAUAUAAAUAUGAAGUGAU